AUGCAUUUGAUCCAAGUUGCACUGCUACUUUUGACCAUAUCUGGAAGAGCAUUUGCUCCCAUUUCUCCUGGUGAUGUAGAUUCUGGCUGGCUAAUACUGGCAACAGGUGAAGGUUCACAUCAGCCUGCUAGCGAACAGAAAAGUGGAAGCCCAAUUCAUGAUCCGCAUUCCGCUCAAUCUACUAGUGAUGCUCCCACACCAGUCGUACCUAUCGAACAGCCUGUCAAAAAGAGAAAAGGUCAACACAUCAAAACACCUGAACAGAUCGAAAGAAUUCGUGCUGCAUGGACACCAGAGCGCCGUAAAAGGCAAUCCGAACUUGCUCGUUUGCAGACUUUCAAUCGUGGUCCCGAAUACAAAGCUAAGAUAAGGGCAUCUUGGACAGAAGAAAGGAGAAAGACACAAGCGGAAAUUACUCGAAAGUCAAAGACAGGAUUUGUUCAUUCAAAAGAAUCUCGAGCGAAAAUGACCAAAAGUCGUUUAGGCACGAAAAGAAGUCAAGCUACAAAAGAUAAAAUUCGAGAAGCAAUCAAACGAUCACAUGCUCUCAAAAAGGAACAAAAGUUCAAAGAACCACAAUGA